UUUAUCGUGCAGGUUGAGACGAGUUCAUCUUGGCGUAUUUUGUAAUUCAAUGACAUACUGUUAACAAUUCUGCCAACAAUUAAAUUAGUAAUACCGUGAAAUAUUUGGUUAAGGAUACAUCACGUGACUUUGCUUCGGUUGAUCUAACGAAGUGUCUUUUGGGAUUUUUAUCAGAAGGGUCAUCUCCAGUAUGGCAGAUGGAGAGGGGUUUGUGGUAAGAGUCAGAGGACUGCCCUGGUCCUGCUCUGUAGAUGAAGUUCAGAGGUUUUUCUCAGAGUGCAAAAUUGCAAACAAUGGGACAAGCAUACAUUUUACGUACACGAAGGAAGGGCGACCAAGUGGAGAGGCGUUUGUUGAGUUUGAAUCAGAGGAGGAUCUUAAAAUUGCUGUCAAGAAAGAUCGUGAAACCAUGGGUCACCGCUAUGUGGAAGUAUUCAAAUCCAACAAUGUUGAGAUGGACUGGGUUCUGAAGCACACUGGACCAAACUGCCCAGACACAGGAGGAGAUGGUCUGGUUAGGCUUCGUGGUCUGCCCUUCGGAUGCAGCAAGGAGGAGAUUGUCCAGUUUUUUGCAGGGUUGGAAAUCGUGCCAAAUGGGAUAACAUUGCCGGUGGACUUCCAGGGGAGGAGUACGGGGGAGGCCUUCGUGCAGUUUGCUUCACAGGAUAUAGCCGAAAAGGCUCUAAAGAAACACAAGGAAAGAAUAGGGCACAGGUACAUAGAGAUCUUCAAGAGCAGCCGCGCAGAGGUGCGCACACACUAUGAACCGCAACGUAAGGUCAUGGGGAUGCAGAGACCAGGCCCCUACGACAGGCCGGGAGGAGGCCGGGGGUACAACAGCAUGGGCAGAGGAGCCUCCUUUGAGAGAGUGAGGCGUGGAGGAUAUGGUGGAGAUGGGCGAUAUGCAGAUGGUGGCAGCUCCUUUCAGAGCACAACGGGUCACUGUGUGCACAUGAGAGGCCUUCCAUACAGAGCCACUGAGACUGACAUAUACAAUUUCUUCUCUCCGCUGAACCCGGUGCGUGUUCACCUGGAGAUCGGCCCUGAUGGGAGAGUAACAGGCGAGGCGGAUGUUGAGUUUGCCACGCAUGAGGACGCUGUGGCUGCCAUGUCGAAGGACAAAGCCAAUAUGCAGCACCGUUACGUGGAGCUUUUCCUAAACUCAACAGCUGGGGGCGGAAGUGGAGGAUAUGGUGGUCAAAUGAUAGGCGGCAACCAGUCGUCUUAUGGACACAGCAGCCAACAGAUGGGCUCUGGCUACAGCAGUGGUUAUGGUAACCAGAGUGGCAUGGGGGGCUACAGUGACUACAGUGAGUGUCAGCUCUUCCGUAGCUCUGCUAGCCGGUGCCAUGCCAAAUCCUAUCGUCCUUGGACCCCUAGGGGUAGCAGUUUGUAAUGCCCGAUUAAAAAGCCUUUCGCGUUAUCCUGUUGUAGCUGAUCAGGUGAUCAGGGCGGAAUAGGCAGCAGUUACUAUGGCAGAGGCAGCCGUGGAUCGAUGGGGAUGAACAGUCUUAACAGCGGCAUGGGGGGAGGCUGGGGCAUAUAGUCUCAGUAUUAAGGGCUGCUGGUUUAUAACCUACAACAAAC